CUGUUUUUAUGAUAUCGCGAUAGCUUCACCUCAGUGGCGGCUGUGUGGCCCCCUGUCUUAGUCCGGACGGAGUUGUUUCUGACGUUUGAAUGAAAAACAGUGCAAAUUACCUCCACUUUGGACCCAGGAAAUAAUGGCUUCAGCCUUGGAGCAGUUUGUGAACAAUGUGCGGCAGCUCUCCGCUCAAGGCCAGAUGACUCAGCUGUGCGAGUUGAUCAACAAGAGUGGGGAGCUGCUGGCCAAAAAUCUGUCCCACCUGGACACGGUGCUGGGGGCCCUGGACAUCCAGGAGCACUCCCUAGGCGUGCUGGCUGUGCUAUUUGUGAAGUUCUCCAUGCCAAACAUCCCUGACUUUGAGACGCUCUUUUCCCAAGUCCAGCUCUUCAUCAGUACCUGCAAUGGGGAGCACAUUAGAUAUGCAACAGACACUUUUGCUGGUCUCUGCCACCAGUUGACAAACGCCCUUGUAGAGCGGAAACAGCCAUUGAGGGGUGUUGUCGUCCUAAAACAGGCAAUAGACAAAAUGCAGAUGAACACAAACCAACUUACCUCAGUUCAUGCAGACCUGUGUCAGCUGUGCUUGUUAGCAAAGUGCUUCAAGCCCGCCCUGCCCUUCUUGGAGUUGGACAUGAUGGACAUCUGUAAGGAGAACGGAGCUUACGACGCAAAGCACUUUUUAUGUUACUACUACUAUGGUGGCAUGAUCUACACGGGCCUCAAAAACUUUGAAAGAGCACUGUAUUUUUAUGAACAGGCAAUAACCACUCCAGCCAUGGCAGUGAGCCACAUCAUGUUGGAAGCCUAUAAGAAAUACAUCCUGGUGUCACUCAUUCUCCACGGCAAAGUGCAGCCGCUGCCCAAAUACACCUCACAAAUAGUAGGGAGGUUCAUCAAGCCCCUGAGCAACGCAUACCACGAGUUAGCUCAGGUUUACACCACCAACAACCCGGCCGAGUUGCGCGGUCUGGUCAACAAACACAGCGAGACCUUCACACGAGACAACAACACAGGCCUGGUCAAACAGUGCCUCUCCUCCCUGUACAAGAAGAACAUCCAGAGGCUAACAAAGACCUUUCUGACGCUGUCCUUGCAAGACAUGGCGAGUCGAGUGCAGCUGUCAGGCCCCCAGGAAGCAGAGAAAUACGUCUUACACAUGAUUGAAGAUGGUGAGAUCUACGCUAGCAUUAACCAAAAGGAUGGCAUGGUCUGCUUCCACGACAACCCCGAAAAAUACAACAACCCAGCAAUGCUCCACAAAAUUGACCAAGAGAUGUUGAAAUGUAUAGAGCUGGACGAGAAACUAAAGUCUAUGGAUCAAGAAAUCACAGUAAACCCACAAUUUGUGCAGAAGAGUAUGGGAUCGCAGGAGGACGAUGUUGGUAGCAAAACAUCAAGUUAUUCCUGAGGGGCCUUGGACAGGGAGAGAACGCUGCCACCACCCAACACGUUCUUCCCCAGGAUGAGUUGGAUUUUUUUAAAAGAGGAAAACAAACAAACAUUCUAUUGCAUAAGGACAUUGGUCAAGGAAAAUCUAAUUGUGUGGAAUGAUGAUAAAUUUGGUUAUUCUUUCUUCACAGUGUCUUAAGGAUAACAAAUGAUCCUUACAGAAAAGGAAAAAGAUUACAAUUUUGUCAGUGUUUUAUUUAUCAAUGUUCAGGUUGGAGCGCCACUGCUACAUUAACAGAAACCACAAUAAUAAAAACUGGACUUAUUUGUUCCAAACAUAUGUGUGAAUAAUCUCACUGUUUGUAUUGGUUCUGCUGCAUGAUGGCCGUAACAAGAGGGCAUUACAUGAGGUAAAAACAUCUAUGGCUGACGAGGAAUAAAUCUGAUAUAUUCUACAUUUGUAAA